AUGUCAGAAACAGCGCACAACUUCAGCAGCACCACAACCAUCAGAGAUGAACUCGGUGCCAACUACACCAGCAAAAAGUGUUCUAAGCCAGUUGGUAUUGGUGUCUCCAACAGUAUAGAGAAUAGCUCUUGUGGUGUCAUCAUACCACCCAGCAUCAGCUCCUGCAGUGCAGUGUUUGGUACCACACUGCUCUUCAACUUCGAGGUCUGUUUACCCAUCAGUACUAGCAAGGCGAAGCCUGAUAUGAUGGUAGCAUUUCAGCAGUUUCUCAGAUCCUGGCACCAGUCCCCAGUUCCAACAGACUGGUCCCCCCAGGCUGUGAAGUUAGCAAAAGAUAACCCAGCAGUGGGACAUAGAAAAGACAUUGUUUUAACCUUUAAAACAGAUUUCCCAGCAUCAGGAGAGAGGAAAAGCCCUGGGAGCGAUCCAGGAAAAUCAGAAGAGAGACAAGAAAUGUCUCAGACCUCCGAUGCAGAUAAGCAGACAUGGUUACGCGAAGAACUGGAGAAGUUUUGGGAGAGCAAGAAUGCAAAAGAUGGAGAAAGCCAAUCAAUACGAAGAGAACAGAAAAGGACGUCUGGGAGUCCUGAUGGAAAAAGCCAGCUAAUACCACAAGAACAGGAACAGAUGUCGGAGAGUCCUGAGCAGAAGAUGGAAGAACUUCCCUCAUGGAGAGUGAACAUCAAGACAGACACCAAGUGCAGUCAGCUAGAAGUAAUGUCCUUAUUGGAUAAGAAGUUAGAGGGUGACCAAAGACAGUUACAGGAUCAGCUCCCAGGCCAGGCUAAAAAGAUUGAACAGAUGAGCAACAGCUUGAACUCAAGAGAUUACAAAGUUAUCCAAGGAAUGGGAAAGCAGAAAGCUUUGUCCAGCACGGAGCUUGCUACCAAAAGAGAUCUGCGGCAACUGGAAAUCUGCCUAGAGGAGAAAUUCUCAGGGUUGAUGAGCACCCUGAGAGGCAGCAGCGCGGAUGAGAAGCUGGGACAACAAGAGAUAUUGGAGCGGAAGAUGGAAGAACUUUCCUCAUGGAGAGAGAACCUCAAGGCAGACAUCACGUCCAGUCAGCUAGAAGUAAUGUCCUUAUUGGAUAAGAAGUUAGAGGGUGUCCGAAGCCAGUUACAGGAUCCCCUCUCAGAGCUGGCUAAACAGAUUGAAGAGGAGAAAGCUUUGUCCAGCACGGAGCUUGCUACCAAAAGAGAUCUGCAGCAACUGGAAAUCUGCCUAGAGGAGAAAUUCUCAGGGUUGAUGAGCUCCCUGACAGGCAGCAGCGCGGAAGAGAAGCUGGGACAACAAGAGAUAUUGGAGCGGAAGAUGGAAGAACUUUCCUCAUGGAGAGAGAACCUCAAGGCAGACAUCACGUCCAGUCAGCUAGAAGUAAUGUCCUUAUUGGAUAAGAAGUUAGAGGGUGUCCGAAGCCAGUUACAGGAUCCCCUCUCAGAGCUGGCUAAACAGAUUGAAGAGGAGAAAGCUUUGUCCAGCACGGAGCUUGCUACCAAAAGAGAUCUGCAGCAACUGGAAAUCUGCCUAGAGGAGAAAUUCUCAGGGUUGAUGAGCACCCUGAGAGGCAGCAGCGCGGAUGAGAAGCUGGGACAACAAGAGAUAUUGGAGCGGAAGAUGGAAGAACUUUCCUCAUGGAGAGAGAACCUCAAGGCAGACAUCACGUCCAGUCAGCUAGAAGUAAUGUCCUUAUUGGAUAAGAAGUUAGAGGGUGUCCGAAGCCAGUUACAGGAUCCCCUCUCAGAGCUGGCUAAACAGAUUGAAGAGGAGAAAGCUUUGUCCAGCACGGAGCUUGCUACCAAAAGAGAUCUGCAGCAACUGGAAAUCUGCCUAGAGGAGAAAUUCUCAGGGUUGAUGAGCACCCUGAGAGGCAGCAGCGCGGAUGAGAAGCUGGGACAACAAGAGAUAUUGGAGCGGAAGAUGGAAGAACUUUCCUCAUGGAGAGAGAACCUCAAGGCAGACAUCACGUCCAGUCAGCUAGAAGUAAUGUCCUUAUUGGAUAAGAAGUUAGAGGGUGUCCGAAGCCAGUUACAGGAUCCCCUCUCAGAGCUGGCUAAACAGAUUGAAGAGGAGAAAGCUUUGUCCAGCACGGAGCUUGCUACCAAAAGAGAUCUGCAGCAACUGGAAAUCUGCCUAGAGGAGAAAUUCUCAGGGUUGAUGAGCUCCCUGACAGGCAGCAGCGCGGAAGAGAAGCUGGGACAACAAGAGAUAUUGGAGCGGAAGAUGGAAGAACUUUCCUCAUGGAGAGAGAACCUCAAGGCAGACAUCACGUCCAGUCAGCUAGAAGUAAUGUCCUUAUUGGAUAAGAAGUUAGAGGGUGUCCGAAGCCAGUUACAGGAUCCCCUCUCAGAGCUGGCUAAACAGAUUGAAGAGGAGAAAGCUUUGUCCAGCACGGAGCUUGCUACCAAAAGAGAUCUGCAGCAACUGGAAAUCUGCCUAGAGGAGAAAUUCUCAGGGUUGAUGAGCACCCUGAGAGGCAGCAGCGCGGAUGAGAAGCUGGGACAACAAGAGAUAUUGGAAAAGAAGAUGGAAGAGCUCCUGAAGGCCGAGAUCAAAACCAGUCUGUGGGAAUGGAAAACUUUAUUGGAUGAGAAGUUAAAAAGUGUCCAGACACAAUUAGAAACCCAGCUACGAAAUCCCCUCUCACAUCUGGCAACACAGAUUACACAGCUGACCACUAGAUUGUCCUCCAUUGAUGAAAAUGCUUCCCAGGAAGAAGAGAAGAAGCAUGAAGCUUUAGCCACCCUGCAGUUUGCUAACAAAGAUGAGUUGCAGCAAGAAAAGUACCUAAAGAAGCAAUCCAUAUAUUCAAAAUCCACCCCGAACCUCAGCAGUGUGGAAAAGGAGAGAGAGAAAAGUUCUUCAGGCAAUUUUACUCCAAGAAGCUUUGUCAGAGAAGUUAUCUGUAAACAAGUGAUCACAGAUCUUAAGUUGGUUCUGAAGGAACUAACGAUAUCAAGAAUGGGCUAUGGCCAGAGACUGAUCUGGAAAAGGGACUUUGCAAGCAGAUUCAGUGCUGGGUUUGGUAUGAUACGACAAAGUACUGAUAGGUCUCCAAUAGUAGUAAGAGCGACCUUCUCAGAAGACGAAGAGUCAGUGGAGCUUCAAGAGCCUGAUCCGGACUCUGGAGGGAAAACCUCUCUGGAGGAGAAUGUUGGGGUGACAUCAGCUUCAUCACCAUUGGAAGAUGUGGUGCUGUUCUCUGUGGAUCGGAUGACAAGGACAUUAUAUAAUCUGUCAGUUUCUAGUGAAGAAUCUUCACAUCCUGUACUUGACGUUCUGGGACCAUCUACCAGAGAGUCGCACUCCCUUCAUUAG